UGCGCGGCGCGGCCCCAGUCCGCGCUGCAGCCGCCGCGGGGGCGCCACUACCAUGAGCGGCCGCGGCCGCCCCUGCGCGACUCACGGGCACCGGGCGCACCAGCCGCCGCCGGCCCCCCCCCCCUCUCCGCCGCCGCCGCCGCCGUCGCUGUCGCUGUUGCUGCUGCUGCCGCUGCCGCCGCCGCCGCUGCCGCGCACCCCCGGCCGCCGAGCCCGGCGCUGCAGGAUGCCGGGGGGCAAGAGAGGGCUGGUGGCACCGCAGAACACCUUCCUGGAGAACAUUGUCCGGCGCUCCAGCGAAUCCAGUUUUUUGUUGGGAAAUGCCCAGAUUGUGGACUGGCCCGUAGUUUAUAGUAAUGACGGUUUUUGUAAACUCUCUGGAUAUCAUCGAGCUGACGUCAUGCAGAAGAGUAGCACUUGCAGUUUUAUGUAUGGUGAACUGACAGACAAGAAGACCAUUGAAAAAGUCAGACAGACUUUCGACAACUAUGAGUCAAACUGCUUUGAAAUUCUCCUCUACAAGAAAAACAGAACCCCAGUUUGGUUCUACAUGCAAAUUGCACCUAUAAGAAAUGAGCAUGAAAAAGUGGUUUUGUUCUUGUGCACUUUUAAGGAUAUCACUUUGUUCAAACAACCGAUUGAAGAUGAUUCAACAAAAGGUUGGACAAAGUUUGCUCGGUUGACGCGGGCCCUGACGAACAGCCGGAGCGUACUGCAGCAGCUAACGCCGAUGAACAAGGCCGAGGUGGUGCACAAACACUCCCGGUUAGCCGAAGUUCUUCAGCUGGGAUCUGAUAUACUUCCUCAGUACAAGCAAGAAGCUCCAAAGACUCCACCACACAUUAUACUACACUAUUGUGCUUUUAAGACCACUUGGGAUUGGGUCAUCUUAAUUCUAACCUUCUACACAGCAAUUAUGGUUCCAUAUAAUGUCUCCUUCAAGACAAAACAGAACAACAUUGCCUGGCUCGUGCUGGACAGUGUCGUGGACGUUAUUUUUCUGGUUGACAUUGUUUUGAACUUUCAUACGACCUUUGUUGGCCCUGGUGGAGAGGUUAUAUCUGAUCCCAAACUCAUACGGAUGAACUACCUGAAAACGUGGUUUGUGAUUGAUCUUCUGUCCUGUUUACCAUAUGACAUCAUCAAUGCCUUUGAGAAUGUAGAUGAGGGGAUCAGUAGCCUCUUCAGUUCCUUAAAAGUGGUGCGUCUUCUACGACUCGGUCGAGUUGCCAGGAAGUUGGACCAUUAUCUGGAAUAUGGUGCUGCUGUACUGGUACUGCUGGUGUGUGUAUUUGGACUGGUGGCCCACUGGCUAGCCUGCAUAUGGUACAGCAUCGGGGACUACGAAGUUAUAGAUGAAGUCACUAAUACAAUCAAAACAGAUAGCUGGCUCUACCAAUUGGCACUGAGUAUUGGGACGCCAUAUCGAUACAACACCACUGGCUCAGGGCAGUGGGAAGGAGGACCCAGUAAAGACUCCUUGUACAUAUCCUCUCUCUACUUUACCAUGACAAGCCUUACAACAAUAGGAUUUGGAAACAUAGCACCAACCACUGAUGGAGAGAAGAUUUUUUCGGUGGCCAUGAUGAUGGUUGGCUCUCUUCUUUAUGCAACUAUUUUUGGAAACGUCACCACCAUUUUCCAGCAAAUGUAUGCCAACACCAACCGAUACCAUGAGAUGCUGAACAAUGUGAGGGAUUUCCUAAAAUUAUAUCAAGUCCCAAAAGGCCUUAGUGAAAGAGUCAUGGAUUAUAUUGUCUCAACCUGGUCCAUGUCUAAAGGAAUUGACACAGAGAAGGUUCUCUCAAUUUGCCCAAAGGACAUGAGAGCAGAUAUUUGCGUGCAUCUAAACCGGAAAGUUUUUAACGAGCACCCUGCCUUCCGGCUGGCUAGCGACGGCUGCCUGCGAGCCCUGGCUGUGGAGUUUCAGACGAUCCAUUGCGCCCCGGGGGACCUCAUCUAUCAUGCUGGGGAAAGCGUUGACGCUCUUUGCUUUGUGGUCUCGGGAUCCCUAGAAGUCAUCCAGGACGACGAGGUGGUGGCUAUUUUAGGUAAAGGUGAUGUGUUUGGUGAUAUCUUCUGGAAGGAAACCAGUCUGGCCCACGCAUGUGCCAAUGUACGGGCUCUGACAUACUGCGAUUUACAUAUUAUUAAACGAGAAGCCUUGCUUAAAGUAUUGGACUUUUAUACUGCUUUUGCAAACUCAUUCUCAAGGAAUCUCACGCUCACCUGCAAUCUGAGGAAGCGGAUCAUCUUCCGGAAGAUCAGCGAUGUCAAGAAGGAAGAAGAGGAGCGCCUGCGCCAGAAGAACGAGGUGACGCUGAGCAUCCCUGUGGACCACCCUGUGCGGAAACUCUUCCAGAAAUUCAAACAGCAAAAGGAGAUGCGUAAUCAAGGCUCAACCCACAUCGACCCAGAAAGGAACCAGCUUCAGGUGGAAAGCCGGAGCGUGCAGAACGGGGCCUCCAUCACAGGCACCAGCGUGGUCACCGUGUCUCAGAUCACCCCCAUCCAGACGUCACUGGCUUACAUGAAAACCAGUGAGGCCGUGAAGCAGAACAACAGGGAUGCGAUGGAGCUCAAGCCAAAUGGAAAUGGGGACCAAAAAUGUCUCAAAGUAAACAGUCCCAUGCGGAUGAAAAACGGGAAUGGGAAAGGGUGGCUUCGACUGAAGAACACGAUGGGGACUCACGAGGAGAAGAAGGAGGACUGGAACAACGUCACGAAGGCUGAGUCCAUGGGGUUGCUGUCUGACGACCCCAAGUGCAAUGACUCGGAGAACGGUGUAAAUAAAAACCCACUGAGGAAAACAGACUCUUGUGACAGUGGAAUAACAAAAAGUGACCUUCGCUUGGAUAAAGCUGGUGAGACUCGCAGCCCUCUGGAGCACAGCCCCAUCCAGGCUGAUGCUCGGCACCCUUUCUACCCCAUUCCUGAGCAGGCCUUACAAACCACGCUGCAGGAAGUCAAGCACGAACUCAAAGAAGAUAUCCAGCUGCUAAGCAGUAGGAUGGCUGCCCUUGAGAAACAGGUGGCAGAAAUUUUAAAAAUAUUGUCUGAAAAGAACGUACCCCAGAUCUCUUCCCCCACAUCUCAUUUAUCACCCCAGCGGCCCCCCCAGAUACCCUGUCAGGAUAUUUUUAGUGUUUCAAGGCCUGCAUCACCUGAAUCAGAAAAAGAUGAAAUCCACUUUUAGCAUAUACCUAUGUGUAUAUAUGUAUACAGUAUAUAUGCAGAGGUGUAUAUAUACCUUUAUACAUAUAUAUGUGUGUGUGUAUACGGUAAAUAUAUAUACAUAUAUAUUUUCACUUGCAUCCAAUAUGACUUGAACACACCAAGGAUUUUGAUAUGUAAAUAUUGCAUGUCCAGCUGGAUUCUGGCCUGCCAAAGAAAACAAUUAUUAACAUAGAUAUUGCUUGUAUAAUAUGCAGUUGACUGCAUGCACACUUUACAUUUAUUUAUAAUCUCUAUUAUGUAAUAAAAGAAUGACUUUUGUUUAACAAAGGCAAUGUACUAUUUAAAGAAUCAGGGUCUAACCUGCCAAUAUUGCCAUGACAGUUUUGAUCUCAGGCUGGGUGAAUUGAGCUUUUAUUUCCUCACUGUCUUUUCUGCCAAGUUAAGCAGUAGAUUAACAUGACGUAGAGGACACGUUCAGACUCCAAUUAGUAUUGUUUCCUGGUAUCAUUCCAUCACAAUAUACUGUAUAUUUGGUGAUAAAUUCCCCUACUCCUCCUAAAGGGAGGGCUCAGUUCAGUGGCCAGGGAAGGGCACCGUGUCUGGUGCUGGGGUGGAUCACUGGAAUUUAUUCGUGUGGGUAUUGUGCAUGCACAGCCUUUUAUUUCAAGUAUCCUCCUGCUCUUUUAACAUCGUAAGUAAGAAAUAAUAAUGGUGAUUUAUGUAACAAAAUGAAACUAACAGAAACUGUCUCAGCUGCA